AGGUUUUGGAUUGUGAAAUAUCAGAAAAAUCAGAAAGCAACCUUAUUAGAUAUCUGUCACUGAUUCAAACAUAAAGAUAUCUGUGACUGAUUUAAAUUUAUAGGUUGCCAAAUCACUUUCGGCUCCACUACUUAAUAGAUAUCUGUGACUGAUUCAAACAUAAAAACUAUGCAAAUACCAUCAAAUUCUUAUCCGACCAGAAUAAGUUACUUCUCCAAAUUUUGCAGAAGAGUGAAUAUACCAGAAAGGCAGCAGUAGCAGCUCCAGGCAGAUGUCGCUCAACGAAGAUCAGACUUCAAUGGCUAGUGUUGCUGAAUCCUUGCUGACAUCAAUUUCACAGAUAACAAAAUCUGUAGCAUGCAUAGAAGUAGUGCAAGAAACUUUUGCUGAAAUUGGAUGCUACUUUUACCGAGCUUCAUCAUCCGUAAUGGAGUUGCAGACAAGUGAGAAUACCCCAGAAAAUGCAAUGGACAUCCUACAAUCCCUAUCCAGUUCCAUUAAUGUGGCCAAGGAUCUCAUAAACAAAUGCCAAAAAGCCUAUAGCUCGAAGUCUGAUUCUGACAAAAUGCCAAAAAGCACAAUACAACAACUGGAGAGGCUGAUAAAUCGCAUGGGGCAAUGCUUGAGUUUGAUACCUUCAUCAACAUUUCAGAAUAAAAAAUAUGCAGAAGUAGCAGUCCGUUCUCUUUCAAAUGAAAUGCAACAUGCACAAUUUGAAGUCGGCCAAAGUCAAGAGUUGCAGACCAAAGAGCUGGAACAAAAAAAGUCUUUCUCUGAAGAGGAACAAAACGAUCAUGAAGAAACAGUACAAACAGAAUCAGACUUGUACCCCAUCAAUAUUGAAGUUUCCACAGAUACUUCUCAGGUCUUGAAUGUGCCAUACUUGAUUGAAUUUCUAAAGAACAAAAGCCUUGGCAGCCAAAGUAUACUAGAUUACAGAAGCAGGUCCUCAUCAACAUUGCCACAAAUAGUAGAGUAUGUAGAAACUGUCUAUGAGAAUUUCUAUUGUCCUUUAACAAAGCAGAUCAUGGAUGAUCCAGUGAUCAUAGAAAGUGGGGUGACCUAUGAAAGAAAUGAGAUUGUAAAGUGGUUUGAGGAAUUUGAAAACUCAGAGGAAAUUUUCUGCCCAAUCACAGGGCAGAAGCUGUUGAGGACAGUUUUAAGACCCAAUAUUGCUUUUAAGACCAUGAUAGAGGAGUGGAAAGAAAGAAAUGAUGAAGCCAAAAUCAAAGUUGCCUGUGCAGCUUUGUCUCUAGCUAGUUCAGCAAGUAUGGUAUUUGAAGCAAUUAGAGAUUUACAAGGAAUCUGUGCAAGGAAGCAGUAUAACAAGGUUCAAGUCUGUAAUGCUGGAAUACUGCCAUUGCUUGUUAAGUUUCUGGAGUACAAAGACAGAGAUGUUAGAUGUGCAGUGCUGGAAUUAUUACAGCAAUUAGCAGAGGAUGAUGAUGAUGGCAAGGAAAUGAUUGCUAAAAUGGUGGAUAUUUCAACGGUAAUCAAGAUGUUGUCAAGCGGUCACCAGCCCAUAAGGCAAGCAGCAUUGCUGUUAUUACAUGAGCUAUCAAGGUCUGAAUCAUUAUGUAAAAAAAUUGGAUCGGUUCCUGGGGGGAUUCUGAUGCUCAUCAGAAUUAAAUACAAUCGGUCUGUUGAUGCCUUCUCUGCAGAAAAGGCUGAUGAAACCUUAAGGAAUCUAGAGAAAGCUCAGGAAAAUAUCAAGCACAUGGCAGAAAAUGGACUCUUGGAACCCCUUCUAAAUCAUCUUGCUGCAGGUUGUGAGGAGAUACAGAUGGAAAUGGCAAGCUACCUUGGGGAAAUUACUCUUGGAAAUGACAGUAAAACCUGUGUUGCUGAGAGGGCUUCUCCAACUCUCACACAAAUGGUUCAUAUGGGAAACACUUUGAGCAGAAGUGCAGCAUUUAAAGCUCUAGCACAAAUUUCUGCUUAUUCUCCAAAUGCCAAAAUAUUAGCCAAAUCAGGAAUCAUACAGAUCAUGGCUGAAGAGAUGUUCACUCGAAGAAUUUCUGAUGAAAACAUGAAUUCAAAAAAUGAAGCUGCUGCAAUUCUUGCAAAUAUCUUUGAGACUGGGAUUGAGUUUCAGAAUCUCCAAGUAAACACUGAUGGACACAAACUAACUUCAGACUAUGUUUUGUACAACAUCAUCCGCAUGCUCAAGAACUCAACUACUGACGAACUCAAUAUCAACCUCAUAAGAAUUCUUUUAUCCCUGAUUAAGGACCCCAAUUCUAUCAGCAUUAUUGUCCCUAUGGUCAAAGAGACUGAAGCAAGCUACACUUUGAUUGAGUUCAUCAAUAACCCUCAUGAAGAGCUUGGAGUUGCAGCAGUCAAGCUACUCAUUGAACUCUCACCUCACAUGGGGCACACACUUGUUGAGAGACUAUGCACGACAAAGGGUCAGCCUGAGAACUUGCUCCUCGGCCAUACAACUCCAAUCACAGAAAGACAGGCAGUUUCGGCAAAGUUUCUGGCUAAACUACCCCACCAGAAUGUAACACUCAAUCUGGCUCUUCUCAGAAAGAAUACUGUCCCUACAAUCCUACAAACAAUUAACCAAAUUCAGAUAACUGGAACAAGAGCGAGCAGGUAUGCAAGUGCUUACUUAGAAGGUCUAGUGGCCAUUCUAGUCAGAUUCACGACAACACUUUAUGAACCUGCAAUCUUGUCUCUAGCAAGAAACUACAACUUCACAUUGUUAUUUACAGAGUUGCUACUGAAAACAUCAAGUGAUGAAGUUCAGAGAUUGUCAGCAAUUGGUUUGGAAAAUCUCUCAGCAGAAUCAAUUACUUUAUCAAAACCACCACAAAUAAAGAAAUCCAAGUCCUGGAAGCAAGCCUUGCCUAUAUUCCUUUCUCUCGGUUCUUCAAACAAGAUGAAAGCACCUGUCUGUCCAGUCCAUAGAGGGGCUUGUUCCUCUCAAAACACGUUCUGUUUGGUUGACGCAAAGGCGGUGGAAACGCUAUUAGCAUGUUUGGAUAAUGAAAAUGCUGUGGUUGUUGAGGCUGCAUUAUCAGCUAUAUGCACUUUAUUAGAUGAUAAAGUGGAUGUGGAAAAGAGUGUUAGCAUGUUAACUGAAGCGAAUGCUGUGCGACAUAUUUUGAAUGUUGUGAAAGAUCACAGUGAAGAAGGUUUGUGGCAAAAAUCCUUUCAGUUUAUUGAGAUAUUCUUGAUGAAAGGUCGGGAUAAGUCUGCUUCAGACAUAUCACAGGAUAAAUUGUUGCUUGCGACUCUAAUCAGUGCAUUUCAUCAUGGGAAUGGUAAUACAAGGCAGAUGGCUGAGAAUAUCUUGAGGAUUUUAAACAAGGUACCCAGUAUUCCUACUUCCAACUAUACCUUGUAGAAAAUAAUUACAACGAAUUGUUGCUGCUGUUAAGUGUAGCUAAAAUUACUAUAAACACGUCUCAACUGUAGUGUUAUCUUGGUAAGUGUUAAAUAGGGAGUUAUGUAAUCAAUUUUGAGUAGCCAAACCUAUCUUCUUGCCAUUUAUGAAAAGUUGGAUUCAUUA